GCAGGGCGGCCGUUAGGGCUCCUGCCGGCGGCGUCUGGUGCCAUCCCGAAGGGGGUGGCGGGGGCGGUUUCAGCAGAGGGGACCGUCUGGCAGAUGUUGGCUCGUGCUGUGGCUGCCACCGCCAUCCGUUCCCCCAGGCACUCAUGAGCAGAGGAGCCACCUUGCAGCGCAGGACGACCUACCUGAUCUCCCUGACCCUUGUCAAGCUCGAGUCGGUGCAGCAGCAGCAAGGGCAGCAGCAGGAAGACGAGAAGGCGGGGGUGGGAGAUGAAGCCCCCCAUGCCGACAGCAGAGAGGGUCAGUCCCAAGACACCAGCCCUCAGGCCCCGCCAGCCGCAGACCAUGCCGGGGUGAAGGGCCACAAGGAAGCUGAGGAGGCGGCCAAGCACAAGAGGCAGGAGCGGAUCUUCCACCGGCAGGAUGCUCUCUGGAUCAGCACCAGCAGUGCCGGCACUCCGGAUUACCUGCUGCAAUUGUCACCCAGCAGUCCUGGGGCACCUGGUCCUUCCCUAUCCCCCGACAGCACCGGGCGGGCUGCUGGUUCCCUUUGGACAUCGCCCACUGGCAACAGCCAGGGCACAUUUUGGGAUGCAAAGGUGGGGUCUGCAGCAGGCCCUAAGGCCAAAGCCUCUGUGAGCAUAGAGGCGCCCCCCAUUGCACCAAAGCCUGAAGUGCUGGGGCCUUCGGUACCUCCAGCGGUGCCCCCCAAGCCUGAGCCAUCUGUGCCCUCUGCCACACCGGCAGUGCCCCCCAAGCCUGAGGCUACCAUACCCUUUCUGACUUCAGCAGUGGCCUCCAAGACUGAGCCAGCUGUGCCCUUUGUAGCUCCACCUGUGCCCCCCAAACCUGAGCCAACGGUGCCCUCUGUAGCCCCGACUCUCCCACCGAAACCUGAGCCGGCGAUUCCCUGCAUAACUCCAACAAUCCCCCCCAAACCGGAGUUUCCUGCAGCCACCUUUCUUCCACUUGUGGCUCCCAAACCCGAGGCCAUCAUCCCCUCUGCCUCUCCAGCCGUGACUGCCAAGCCUGAAGUAACUGCGGUUCCAGCAGCUCCAGCUGUGGCCCCGAAGCCCAAAGCCAUUUUAGUUCCAGUCCUUCCCACCAUUCCACCAAAGCCAGAAGUGACUCCAGUCCCCAAGGCGGGGCUGAAGGAAACCUUGGAGGUGCCUGGAGAUGAGUUGCCAGCUCCCCCACCCACCACUGCCAGCUGCUCCUCCAGUGCCGCGGCACCGGGACGCCGGAUGUUGGUGAGCCACGCCAGUUGGGGUGGCCCGGAACCUGGGACAACAGAGCUGACUUUGGGCCGAGUGGGAGGCUCUUCUUUUUCCCACUCGGGAGCUUCUUCUCCUCACCCGGCUGCUGGGAAUCGGCGUCUUCGCCUGGCCACAAACAAGCCCUUCAAAACGGUCACCACUAGUGGGGUCAAGAUGGGUGGGGAGCCAAAGGCCAGCAAAGGAGGACACAAAGGGGGCACCCCCAACCGCUUGUCAUGGCCGGAGAGCGAAGUGAAAGGCCGCAUGAAGGUAGCUGUCAAGGGUAGCGGGGAAACGGUCCCCAGAGGGGGAACCCGGGCUAAGCUAUCCCCUCACAAAAACAAAAGCAAGACUCUGGACAACAGUGACCUCAACCACGGUCCAGCCAGCCUGGUCUCUUCUGGCUCCUGUUCUUCAGAGGCAGCUGUGGGCCUGAAGAGAGGCCGGGAAGGUGGUCGGUCCUCUACCCGUGACCGUAAGAUGCUAAAGUUCAUCAGCGGCAUCUUCACCAAGAGUCCUGCUUCCACGCCUACUCACCCUGGACCAGGUUGGAGUCUGAGCCACAAAGAGCUGCUCAGCGUUGAACUGACCAAGGGAGAGUUGCCCACCGUUGCAAACAGCCAGGAAUGGACCCUUGGCCGCACCGUUCCCGAGCUCCGACUGGGUGUUCUUGGGACUGUCAAGAGUGGGAAAUCGGCGCUUGUUCACCGCUACCUGACUGGCUCCUACUUAGGCCUGGAACCGGCUGAGGGGGGCCAGUUCAAGAAGGAAGUGGUGGUAGAUGGGCAGAGCCAUCUGUUGCUGAUUCGUGAGGAAGCAGGGCCUCCGGAUGCCAAGUUUGCCAAUUGGGCAGAUGCCGUCAUCUUUGUCUUCAGCCUGGAGAAUGAGGCCAGUUUCCAGGAGCUGUCCCAGUACUAUGGGCUCCUCACCACCUAUCGGGCAGUCUCGGACAUGGCUCUUGCGCUUGUGGGGACACAGGAUAAGAUCAGCGCCAGCAACCCACGUGUGAUUGAGGAUUCCCGCGCUCGGACUCUGUGCACUGAAAUGCGCCGUUGCCUCUACUACGAGACAUGUGCUACUUACGGGCUCAAUGUCGACCGUGUCUUCAGUGAAGUUGCCCAGAAGAUUGUGAACAUGAAGAAACAGCAGCAGCUCCUGGCAUCUUGCAAAUCUCUGCCAAGCACACCCAGCCACUCAGCAGUCUCCACCCCAGCAAGUAACGGUGGCCACACAAGUGACUACUCCUCAUCCCUGCCUUCCACACCCAAUAUCAGCCACCGGGAGCUGCGCGGUGAAGCCUCAACCCUCAUUGGCACCCCGAGCUCCCUGCAUCGCGGGACCAAGCGCAGGACCAGCCUGUUCACUAAUCGCAGGGGAAGUGACACAGAGAAGCGGAGCCUGGACAGCAGAGGCGAAAACACGGGAAGUGGCCGAGCCAUACCCAUCAAACAGAGUUUCCUGCUGAAACGAAGUGGCAAUUCUCUGAACAAGGAAUGGAAGAAGAAAUACGUGACCCUGUCCAGCAAUGGACUUCUCUUCUACCACCCCAGCAUUAAUGAUUAUAUCCAUAGCACCCAUGGCAAAGAAAUGGACCUGCUCCGUACCACCGUCAAGGUGCCAGGCAAGCGCCCACCGCGAGCCAUCUCAGCCUGUGGCGCCUCCUCAAGCAUCAAUGGCUUGGUGAAGGAUGUGAGCAGUGUCGGAGUGGGGGACAGCAGUAGCCCCAGUCCAGGUCUGCUGAAUCCUCCAACAGACCAAGCAGUCAAGCUCUUAGGCAAACCAGACCGGAGUCUGCAGCGCUCUGUCUCCUCCUCCAAGGCUGAGGCAGUCCUGGCUGCAGAAGGGCUUUCCAGUCCUGGCAGCAGUGGCAAAGACCCACCUCCAUCCCCUAUGGUGGACAGAAAGAAACACAGACGAAAGAAGCUUGCAACGCCUUCCAAAACUGAAGGCUCAGUGGGGCAGGCAGAAGCCAAGCGUAAAAUGUGGAAAUUAAAAACCUUUGGUAGUUUAAGAAAUAUUUAUAAAACAGAGGAGGAGAACUUUGAGUUCAUCAUCGUUUCCAGUACAGGACAGACAUGGCACUUUGAGGCCAGCAGCUUCGAAGAAAGAGACUCCUGGGUCCAGGCCAUUGAGAGCCAGAUUUUGGCUAGCCUGCAGUGCUGUGAGAGCAGCAAGAACAAGGCUCGGAUGGACAGCCAGAGUGAAGCAGUGGCCAUCCAGGCCAUCCGGAACGCCAAGGGCAAUUCCUUGUGUGUGGACUGCGGGGCCUUGAAUCCAACCUGGGCCAGUCUGAACCUGGGAGCGCUAAUCUGUAUCGAGUGCUCUGGCAUCCACCGGAACCUGGGCACCCACCUGUCACGGGUACGCUCCCUUGACUUGGAUGACUGGCCCCUGGAGCUCACCUUGGUGCUCACCUCCAUUGGCAACGAAACAGCCAACAGCGUUUGGGAGAAGUGCACGCAGGGACGCCGGAAACCCACCUGCGAAUCAUCCCGGGAAGAGCGGGAGUCAUGGAUCCGAGCCAAAUAUGAGCAGCGUCUGUUCCUGGCACCGCUACCCACCUCUGAACUCUCCCUGGGGUGCCAGCUCUUCCAGGCUGUGCUGGAGCAGGACCUAAGUUCUGUGCUGCUGUUGCUGGCUCACAGUUCCAAGGAACAGAUCAACGCCCCUACUGGGGACAAGGACCGGCGCUCGGCCUUACACAUUGCGUGUGACCUGGCGAACGUGGUCAUCACUCAACUCCUGGUCUGGUAUGGUUCCGACGUGAAGGCCCGAGAUGCCGUGGGGCACACAGCGCUCUUCUAUGCCCGCCGAUCGGGGAGCCAGGAGUGCAUUGACAUCCUCUUGCAACACGGUUGCCCAAAUGAAGGCUACAGCACUAUCCCCACCCCCAGCCUGCGCCGGAAAAGCAGCAGUGCCAGCGUGGGAAGGACCGAGGCCCGGACUGCGCUGGUGUAGCAUGCUGGAAGGAGUGUCUUCCCCAUCCCAGUGGUGCCAACAGGGGCGCAGCAACUGAUGCCUCCUCUCCCUAUGGAGACCUACACUCCCUUCUGGCAUUUGGGCUUCGUGCCAAGGAGCCUUGGCUCAUGACUUCCUGUCACACACAGGAUGUGGUGGCUGCCACCCUCUUCCCCGAGCCCUUCUGCAACAGCUGUGCUUGGCACAGGCGGCCGCACUAGGACUGCCUCUGUGGCUCAUAACUCUCCCUUAUUACGCCAGGUCUUGGGCUCCCUCUGUUGGGGCUGCUCUGCUGGUCUCCAGGGCAACGGCCAUCUCUACAGGCAAGCGGUUGCAACCUGCAGGGAACUACCACAGCGAAAUGUUAGCCCAGCACUUGGAGUGAAGGAUCAGGGCCUAGGACUGUUUUGCCCUCCUCCCAGUUAAAUGGGGACCUUUGGGGAUGAAAGGGGCAAGUGGUGAUGUGGGGACUUUUUUUUCCCUUUCUUUCUGUGUUUGUAACAAGCUUUGAAGGUGGAAUGUAAUCAGUGUUAUUGGAGUGGUUAAGUGACCCUGCUCAACUAACCAGUGGGCAUAGAAGCGACAAGGGCGGGGGGGGGGUGCUAAAAGGGACCAAGAAGGAGCAGGAGGGGCCAAAGGUUAGAGAGGAAAUGUUCCUGCCGUUGAUCUGGUUUAAGUGAACAGUCUCUCUCCCCCACACCCCUUAAUCAAGCCGCCUUCCUCAGUAUCUCAGUAUUCGGGGUGCAGAGCUUAUCAAACGCUGCAAGAACACUCGCAGUGAUCAGCUUUCUCUCUCUCUCGAGAUUUCCCAUCUUCCAGAAGCAAAGGCAUAUCUAUAACUUGGAGGGAAAAUCCCCCACUUCAUUCCAUCCCUGCCCAAGGAGGGGAAGGGAAAAUGAGGUAGCGGCAGGACGAGGGACUAGUUGAAAUUCUGAGCUGAGCCCCCUGCCCUUGAGGCGCUUCCUUCCCGUCCCACAUCCACAGUUGAAAGAGCUCUUCUACAACAUAGGGUUGAGAAGGUACCGCGGCAGAUCAGCAGCCUUUGCAGGGAGGAGGGAAGUUUGGAGAAUCCCUUUUUGGCAUCAGCCACCUGUUCUUCUUGGGAAGCAAAACAAGGCUCCACAUCUGCUUCUGGAGGGUGGUUGUGAUUUAAAAAAAAAAAACAUAAGGGGGAGAGUGCUCUGGAUUCCCUGUAUCGUGGCACAUUUUAGUUGACCAAAAUUUCACAAGGCUAUAGCACAGGCCAUCAGGAAAAGAUGCUCCACUACUGCCUGGGGACAAUUGGGGCUUCUGUGUGUUCUAAGCCAGGACCAAAUGGUCUUCCCCCUGGGGUAGGGUUGAAUUCAUUGUCUCAGUUAUCCUUCAGGCAUCCUGAGGACAGGCACCACCACACCCACUCCCGAUUCAAACUGCACUGAAGCACGUUCCUCCCUCCAGCUCUUCUCAGGCUCCUGGACCUGAUCCUUGCACUGAAAAAGUAUAUAUAUAUAUGUGAUUCCUAAAGGCUCCAGGGUGCCUCUUCCUGUCUCCUUGUUCUUCAUCCCCCCUCCCCUUUCAAGCAGUUCCAAGAGGCAGCUAAAAGCUGAAACAACGCAUUCCUCUGCCAGCCCACAAGGGGACACCCCCAACACACACACACACACACACACACCCCUUCCCCACGUAGCAAGGGAGACCCUGAACAACUCUGAGAGAUUAGCAGGGCAGCGUUUGGAUGCUGAGCACCCAGCCAAAGCUUGGAGUAGAGUCCUUACAAAGCCACCACAGGCCCUGGCUUUUAAAACAAGACUCCUUUUUCUAGGGUUCCUUUGUAAAAAGCCCCUUUCUGACUACUAUUUCUUCCUUUGUUUUUAAUUUAUUGCUUCAUUUUGAGAGCUGGACAAAGGAAAAGGAAAACCUUCUUUCUCGGUCUCUUUUGUUUUUUUUCCUCUCUGGUUUGGCAGCUCUCCUGGUGCAAGUGUUUACAGGCCUCGUGUCCCUCACUGUGGCAGAGGUGUCCAUGUGGUUGUGAGUGACGUGGUCUCAGGCUUUAUUUCAAAUCUGUGAUCAGGGUAAUGCAAUGAACUCCCCCUCCCCUCCCCGGCAUGGGGGAAUCUGGGUGGGGUAUGAGCAGUCGGCCUGAAUCAGCCAUCCCUGUGGUUGGGCCGGCCGGCCCGUAGUACUCACUUCUUAAUCCAGCCUGCCUUUUUCCCCCCCUCAGGCCUCUGGUGUUUAUACCCACUGGAGCUUAGCUUGCGGGCAAGAGGCACAAGCCCCCCCAAGCCACAUCAGUUCCCCUUGUCCCUAGGCCCCCUCCCCUCUGUCCUUCUGAACCUGAACAAGCUCAUGAAUGUAUUGGCAAUGGUGUUGCACGAGACCUGUACCCCCUUCUAGCCUCGAGGUGGAGACGGAAAAGGGCCCAAUGACGCGAAAAGGCAGGAAGCAGAGAGAGGGGCUGCCCUGCACCUGGGCCUCAAAGCUCUUCUCCCCGCCUUUGGGCCACACUGCCUUGAAGACUAGAGCCUGGGGCUUGCGGGACGGAAAGGGGGCAUUAGGUCUCGAAGACUGAAUGUAAUUUACACUGUUGGGGACCGGCAGUUCGGCACAAGUUUCUGGGAGCUUGGAGAACCUCUUGCGCGAGCCCCGGAACCAGAGCGGGCAAUGGGAUGUCACGCCUCCCAGGAACGGCGGGAUGGGGGAGGUGUGGAGGUGUGCCAGAGCUGAUCUCGCCGGCCCUGUGCAGCCGUUGUAAUCUCUUGGAUUGUAAUUUGUAAGUAUGUGACAAUGUAAGAAGAUGUAAUAACAAUGACUGGUUAUUCCUU